AUGAGCGCCAGAGCAGGCGUCGAAGGAGUUGGGCUGUUGGAAGUGGAACAUCAACGUGAGAAAGCUCUCAACCCCCUACAGUCAGAAGACAGUGUGGUGGAAGGGAAGGUUACUUGGCGAAACCUACCACAGAAGAAACAGCUGCUGUUGUUAGCACUAUGUCGUCUAUCCACGCCCCUCUCGAACGCUUGUCUACUGCCAUAUCUUUACUACCUAGUCAAAUCAAUCCUGUCGGAUCCGGAACACCCUUCGGCUCCGCAGCAGAUUUCGCGCUUGACGGGGCUGUUGGUCGCCGCAUACCCUUUGGGUCAGAUGUCGACAUCUAUGAUCUGGGGCAGACUGUCGGAUCAUUACGGUCGCAAACCAGCUAUCCUUCUGGGGCUGUUCGUCAGCGUCACCGCAAACCUUGCGUUCGGGUUCUCGAGAACAAUAGGGAUGCUGCUGUUCUGGCGGGUGCUGGCCGGCAUGGCAAAUGGUAUGCUGGGCGUGAUGCGGACAAUGACGGCAGAAAUCGUGAAAGACCGAAAGUAUCAUACACGAGCUUUUCUGGCUUUGCCGGUCGUUUUCAACUCGGGGCGCGUUGCGGCACUGGCAAUCGGCGGUUGUUUAGCGGAUCCAGUCAAGAACAUCCCAUGGUUAUUCGGGCCUAGAGGGCUGUUCAACUUCUACCACCACCCAGAGGGAGUUGCCUGGGCACUUGUUUAUCCAUAUGCCCUCCCCGCGCUAUUCAAUGGGGCUGUUCUAGCUACGUGCCUAAUACUUGCUUUCCUUUGGCUGAAAGAGAGUCUCCCCUCGAGAGAAAACAGCUGGGAUCCCGGCCUUGUUGUCGGCAGGGUGAUCUCCAAUUUGUUCACAAAGAAGACGCGAAGACUUAGAUCCGGCUACUCCGCAAUCCAGAUUGAGGAGAACCAGUCGUUAUCUGCUAAUCUACUGACCACUGAGUCUGGUUCGGGGUCGUCAACUCCGAUCCGAGCCAAACCUGCGUCACGUCGGUCAGGGCUUCGUGGCAUCUGGACACGUCCUCUCGUCAAGACCCUCAUUGCCUUUGGCCUGCUCCCACUGCACAACGCGACCUUCCUCCACGUUUUUCCAGUGUUUCUCAGCAUGCCCACUGCUCCAAAUUCCAAUGCUACAAUUGUUCGCUUUACCGGCGGCCUCGGUCUCGCCUCCCCUACCGUAGGUCUUUACCUCGCCUCAUUCGGCAUCUGUGGGAUCCUCCUGCAGCUCUUCAUCUACCCGCGCAUUCAGAAGUACGUCGGCAAUCUUGGAGUGUUCCGUAUAGCGAGCGCUAUCUUUCCGGCUGCGUAUUUGCUAGCGCCAUACCUAACCCUACUCUCGGGACACAACACCGCCCAAUGGGUCGCGAUGGCGACAGUACUUUUCUUACAAGUGAUGGGAAGGACAAUGGCUAUGCCCAGCAGUGUCAUUCUUCUAACGGAAGCUGCGCCGCGACGAGACGUACUAGGCACUGUGCAUGGCGCCGGGAGUACCUUGAGCGCUCUCUCGAGUGCGGUAGGUCCUGUCAUCGGCGGCAUGCUUCUGGCCAAAGGCAUAGAUAUUGGCGUCAUUGGUCUUGUAUGGUGGAGUUGGCUCCUGCUGGUCGCGCUUGUAGCUCUCGGAUGGAGUUGCGGUCUAGAGAUUGAGGAAAAGGGUGAAGAAGCUAAGCUUGAAACCCAGCUUGAAUAG